AUUUUAAGAAAGCUCUUCUCCUUAUCAGUUUGUUGACGCUUCCUAAUCAAUUCGUAAUUAAUAAAUUUACUAUAGUGCGGUAUUUAUGGAAAAUUGGUUAGUUUUACUCAUUCAGAUAUCUACAAGAGCUGUCUGCGGUAGCAGACGAUAGAAUAUUAAUCUUUGCCUUUCGGAAGUUUCACGAAGUACCGUUUUUAAGUGAUAAUGACUUUGGUGUAUGUGCACGAAGUUAAAGUUGUUAAAAUCGAAAGUAUACGUAGUUUGACGGAAUAGAAAUUGCUAAAAGUUAUUGAAAGGAAAGAUUCAACAUGAGGGACCCCGUGAGAAAUUUGAAGAACAUCUUUGCGAGACCGAAUAGGGAUUCAGAUUCCGAUGAAUCCCAGCCUCUGCUUAGUACAAGCUGUAGUUCUGCUAGCAGCUUUGGGCCCAUUGGUGGACCUCCUGGAUUUACCAGCGACUCGGAGGAAGAAGAUCCCACAAUCAGCCCUGCUUUCCCGAAAUCCAGUCCUAUAUCCGUAUCGGUGUUGGCUCAAAAAGAUAAAUACGAACGUCACUAUAUUUUUGGAACUUUCGAACCUCCAGCUGUGGAAGUGUAUGUGGCCAACAACAACAGGUUUCUGUUUAGAGACAAUAGCUUGACUGAAUUGGCCAAGUUUAUGAAUCAGAAUGGAAAGAUGAAUAUCCAAGCGAAUUCAGCAGAUCAGCUUAAGGCAUCUCCCCUGCCCACAGAGGCCAGUUUUGACAAGUUUAUGGACUACAGAGAACCAGAGAAAAAAACUCAGAGUUCCUUGGUGACCAUAUUUGCAAUAUGGAACACUACCAUGGGAUCCUCAUUGUUGGCGAUGUCUUGGGGCAUACAAAUGGCAGGACUCUUUCCAGGCAUUGCAAUCAACAUCAUGGUGGCGGCUCUUUGUCUUUACACUUGUCAUCUUCUACUGACGGUGAAGGAUAAACACGGUAUGCCAGGAUUAGAUAUCGAAGUCAGUCACCUUUGUAAAGAUCUCUUAGGAAAAUGGGCGGAAGUACUAGCCAAAAUAUUUUCGGUAGUGGUACUGUUAGGAGCGGAUAUUGUCUAUUUGAUUCUGAUGUCAAAUUUCCUUUAUAAUUCCGUAUAUUUUAUUUAUGGUCUUAUUACACAUCCAUAUGAUUCUCUCGAAUCCAACGCAACCGUGUUGUGUCCAAAAGAAAUGUUACUCGAUGCGUCAAUGUCUAACAGUACCAGAAUGUAUUCUGCACAUCUCCACAACUCUGUAUUCGGAAAAAUAUGGGACUUGUACAGUACUGUUCCUAUAUUUCUAGCUGUGAUAAUGUUUGGUGUCUUGAAUUUUAAGUCUCCAACGUUUUUUACUAAAUUUAAUAGUCUAGGUACUUUUAGCGUAUUAUACUUACUCAUAUUUGUGGCUGUGAAAGCUUAUGGAUGGGGAAUCAACAUGCCCGAUUGGUCUUCAGAAAUUUACCUUAAAACAUCUUUUUCUGCUCUAAGUGGAAUGUUGUCUCUAAGUUACUUCAUACAUAAUAUUAUCAUUUCUGUUAUGCGAAAUAACAAACACCAAGAAAAUAAUGGUCGGGAUUUGAGCAUUGCAUUUGGACUGAUUACUUUUACUUAUCUAUUUAUUGGUAUUUUGUUUUAUAUUUCUUUUCCUUUGGCCAAAUCAUGUAUUGAAGAUAAUAUUUUCAACAACUUUAGCAAAAACGACACCAUGACUAUCAUAGCCAGAAUAUUGCUAAUGUUUCAGCUUUUUACAGUGUUUCCAUUAAUCUCCUUCAUGUUGAGAAAAGAUAUAUUGAGCAACAUAAAUGAGAUAUUCAGGAAUUAUAGAUUUGGCGAUUUUACUUAUGGUAAAGUGAUGGUAUUGAACGCCUGUGUUUUGGUUAUAUGCGUUCUGUUUGCUUGCUUUUUGCCAAAAAUUGGAACACUAAUAAGAUAUACUGGAGCUUUGAGCGGAAUGAUCUACAUAUUCAUGCUACCCAACUUACUGAAAAUAGCCAGUUUGAGAAAAGAUGGUAAACUCACCAUAACUAAAGCAUCUUGGCAUAUGUUAAUUAUUUUAGCAGGAGCAUUGAACUUGCUGUCACAGUUUUUCAUUUAUGAAUAACAACACUAUAGCAAGUUCACACCAAUCGUAAAGGCCCAUGUAUACAAGUAGUAUCCAGAUAGAAUUUAAGGCUGUAGGUAUAUUUUAGGAUUUUUAUUCAAAUUACUUGAUGGAAGUUGAAAUAAAUUUUGAUACUUAUUGACUAAUUUUUGUGUUUCUACUUUUGUGAAGUAGUAAUUUUUAUAUUUUUCAAAAGUAUUUUCUUAUUUUAUUGAUGUUUUUAUUUAUUUUGAUAGUUUUGUAUUUUAUGUUUAGUAAAGAUUUUUUUAUAAAUAUAUUUCUGUUUUUAUUUUUGUACACUCUCUGUUGAGGCAUUGGUAGGACACAAAAUAAAACUCACAAAUUUUGAUAAAACGUAUUAUAGGCGACAUAAACGGACAAAAAUUUUAUAACUUAUUAUUAAUAAUUUCUGAUAUCCUCUGUAAGUUGUUUCCAAGUAAAACCUCUCGAUGAUUACCUUUCAAUGAAGUGAGGUCGAUUGGUUGUUCACAA